UCCUCAUCCUCCUUCACCUGCUGCAAUAGUUGACCAUUUUCACCAAAUCCCAACCUCUAAAUAAACCCAUUUAAUCCCCCUUCCCAAUUUCAAUCCUCUCCUGUCUCGGAAUGACCAUUAAUGAAUAUUCUGACACCCCUUAUCUCUUGCUUUUAUACCUCUUCACUUUCCCAUAAACCUACACGUAAACCAUACCACAUGCACCCUCCCACAACUUUUCAUAACACAAACAACAACCCAUAAAUCACACACUGUUUGGCUACCAUAACUUGAGAUUGAACCCAUGGGGAAACACUUGCCACAAGUUCUUCCUUUGAUUUUGUUUGCACUUCAACUUCUUAUUCUCUUUGUGCACGUUAACUCUGAAACUUUGGAUUCCGAAACCAAUUAUAAAGUUCUUCUUGAGGUAAAAAAAUCAUUCACAGAUGACCCACAAAAUGUUCUCCAAAACUGGUCAGAAAAAAACCGGAGUUACAGUUAUUGCAACUGGACCGGUGUCAUGUGCACCGGAAACUUAUCCCAGGUGAUCGGACUCAACCUCUCCGGUUCAUCUCUCAGUGGCUCAGUCUCACCCUCUAUUUCACUUUUAAAAAACUUGCUUAUUAUUGAUCUCUCAUCCAAUCAGCUUACUGGGCCCAUCCCACCUAAUAUCUCUACUCUAACCAACUUGUCCACUUUACUACUUUAUUCCAACCAACUCUCCGGCCACAUUCCGGCAGAGCUCGGUUCACUCACCAGUCUUCAAGUUCUCCGUAUAGGCGAUAACCGUCUCACCGGUCCAAUCCCAAAUUCAUUCGGUCAGCUUCAUAACCUGGUGGUACUCGGUUUGGCUUCGUGUUAUCUCUCCGGGCCAAUACCGCCACAGCUCGGAAGGUUAACAAGACUUGAGAAUUUGGUUAUACAAGAGAACGAGUUGACCGGGCCGAUCCCGCCUGAUUUAGGAAACUGUUCGAGCUUGGUGUCGGUUACCGCUGCGGUUAACAAGCUUAACGGGUCGAUUCCUGAUGAGUUGUGUGGGUUGAAGAACCUUCAAACGUUGAAUUUGGCUAAUAAUAGUUUGUCCGGGGAGAUACCGAGUCGGAUCGGUGAGUUGACUCAGCUUGAGUAUUUGAAUUUACUUGGUAAUAUGCUUGAAGGGCCUGUUCCUAAGUCUGUUGGGAAGUUGGGGAAUGUUUGGAAUCUUGAUUUGUCAGCUAAUAAGUUGACUGGUGAAGUUCCUGAAGAGUUGGGGAAUAUGGGUCAGUUGGUGUUCCUCGUACUGUCGAACAAUAGUCUUUCUGGUACAAUUCCGAAGAAUAUAUGUUCCAACAGUAGUAAAACUUUGGAGCAUUUGAUAAUCUCGCAGAACUCGAUUUCGGGUGAGAUACCGGAAGAGUUGGGAGGCUGUGUGUCGUUGAAGCAGCUCGAUUUGUCGAAUAAUACACUCAAUGGGUCGAUACCUAUUGAGCUUUUUAAGUUGAUCGAGUUGACGGAUGUUAUGCUUAAUAACAAUACGUUAACGGGCUCGAUUCCUCCUGCGAUCGCGAACCUUAGUAAUCUGGAGACAUUGGCAUUGUUUCAAAACAAGUUGAGUGGUGAGUUACCAAAAGAAAUUGGUAUGCUUCAGAAGCUGCAGAUUCUGUUUUUGUAUGAGAAUCAGUUAACCGGAAGAAUCCCGGUGGAGAUCGGGAACUGUUCGAGCUUACAGAUGAUCGAUUUCUACGGGAAUCAUUUCAAUGGGGAGAUCCCGGUUACCGUUGGAAGGCUUAGCGAGUUGAAUUUCGUUCACCUGAGGCAGAAUGAUCUCUCGGGAGAAAUUCCGACGACUUUCGGGAAUUGCCAUCAGCUUACCAUCAUAGACCUGGCUGACAAUAGGCUCACCGGUGGAAUUCCGGCGACGUUUGGGUACUUGAAAUCGUUGGAGCAGCUCAUGCUUUACAAUAACUCUCUGCAAGGCAGUGUCCCUAAUGAGCUAACAAACAUUGCCAACUUAACAAGAAUAAACCUCUCAAACAACAAGUUGAAUGGUAGCAUUGCUCCUUUGUGUAGUUCGGGUUCGUUUCUUUCGUUCGAUGUCACCAACAAUGAAUUCGACGGGGAGAUUCCGUCGCAUCUCGGGAACUCAUCAACCCUUCAGAGGCUGAGGCUCGGGAGGAACCGGUUUACGGGGAGAAUCCCGUCUGCACUCGGGAGAAUACGAGCGUUGUCACUCUUGGAUUUAUCGAACAAUUUGCUAACCGGUUCUUUGCCGCGUGAGCUUUCCAACUGCACGGGAUUAACUCAUAUUGAUCUCAAUAACAACCUUCUUUCAGGCUCAGUUCCGGCAUGGCUUGGAGACUUGCCGUCGUUGGGUGAACUAAAGCUGUCAUUCAACAAGUUUACGGGCUCGCUUCCGUUGAACUUGUUUAACUGUUCGACGCUUUUAGUUCUUUCACUUGAUGCCAAUUCGAUCAGUGGCAACCUCCCGAAAGAAAUCAGCAAGCUUUCGUCUAUCAACGUUCUAAGGUUGAACAAGAAUCAACUCAUGGGGAAGAUCCCGGAAACUAUCGGGAAAUUAAGCAAGCUAUAUGAGAUCCAGCUAUCAAGCAACAAUUUCAGCGGUGAAAUCCCGGGUGAAAUCGGACAACUCAAGAACCUGCAGAGUGUUUUAGACCUCAGUUACAAUAACCUGACUGGCAGCAUCCCGGUAUCCAUUGCGACACUAUCAAAGCUGGAGGUGUUAGACCUCUCUCACAACGCGUUAACAGGUCCGGUUCCACAAGAACUCAGUCAGAUGAGUAGUUUGGGCAGGCUUAAUCUCUCUUACAACAAUCUUGAAGGGAAAUUAGAUGACGGGUACUCGGAUUUACCAGUUGACUCAUUUGUUGGGAAUCUCGGUCUUUGCGGGCCUCCUCUUGAUCGUUGUCGGGACUCCAAAAACCGGGGACAAAAUGGGCUGAGUCAAGCGUCUGUUAUUGCAAUCUCAGCUGUAUCUACCAUAGUUGCAAUUGGACUGAUGUUUCUCGCAGCAGUCUUAUUUUCGAGAAGCAAGAGGUCGGGGUUUGUACGAGCCGAAGACGGGUCCAGCACCGAUUAUUCUUCAUCGUUUUCAUCUCGAGCACAAAGAAGACCGCUCUUUUUCAAACGAGGUUCAGCUCGAAGUGAUUUCAGAUGGGACGACAUCAUGGAGGCGACAAACCAUCUAAGUGACGAGUUCAUAAUCGGGUCAGGUGGGUCGGGAACGGUGUACAAAGCCGAACUUUUAACCGGUGAGAUAGUAGCCAUUAAGAGAAUACCAUGGAAAGAUGACAUGUUUCUAGACAAAAGUUUUGAAAGAGAAGUGAAUACAAUCGGUCGGAUAAAACACAGACGGUUAGUGAAACUACUCGGGUAUUGUAGCAACAAGGGGGCCGGAUUUAACUUGUUGAUAUACGAGUACAUGGAAAACGGGAGCGUGUAUGAUUGGUUACACCAAGAACCCGAAAACAUCAAGACAAAGAAGACCCUUGAUUGGGAUGCUAGAUUAAAGAUCGCUCUUGGGUUAGCCCAAGGUGUGGAAUACCUUCACCAUGAUUGUGUACCAAAGAUCAUUCACCGGGAUAUCAAGUCGGCUAAUAUUCUCCUAGACAUAAACAUGGACGCGCACUUGGGUGAUUUCGGGCUAGCAAAAGCCAUCACCGAGACCCUAGACUCUUUGACUAGCAACUCGAAUAUGUGGUUUGGAGGGUCAUACGGUUACAUCGCUCCAGAAUACGCGUAUUCUUUUAAGCCGACCGAGAAAAGUGACAUCUACAGUAUGGGGAUCGUGUUGAUAGAAUUGGUUACCGGGAGAUUGCCGACAGCUGGAAUUUUUGGCGAAAACAUGGAUAUGGUGAGAUGGGUCGAGUCACGUAUUGAAAUGCAAGGACCGGAGCGCGAGGAACUAAUAGAUCAGGAGCUAAAACCACUAUUGCCUCAUGAAGAAACUGCUGCUUUUCAACUUCUGGAAAUCGGACUUCAAUGCACCAAAACCGUUCCUGCUGAAAGACCGUCUGCUAGGAAUGUAUGCGAUUCUCUCAGGCAUGUAAUGAAAGAUGCAUCAUCGAAUGCCGGGAAGAUGAGUCAAGAUCCAUAUGCAUAGUUAAAUAUGUAUCUAAGCUCCAUAUUGUUUGACUUUUAUCAUUUAUCAACCAUAUAACUUUGUGACUUAUGCA